AUGGUGUGGCACAUACUGCAUGACUGUAUACUGCCACUUCUGCUUGCACAGCUCAUACUGCUGAACUUGUUCUGUAUGCUAUACCGGGCGAUUAACGGUGAUAGCGAUUCAAGUACUGGCGUCGAACGUCGCGAGGAUCCUGGACCACAGCCUCACGGCGCUGGAGCUCCUCACGGACCACACCAUAGAUAUGAGGGCCCCCCGACGCCGUGUCCGGCGCGCGUGGAGUACGCGACGCCAGUGUUUGCUCGCAACUACCAGGGCGUCUGGCGGUACGUCGUGCAGAUACCCUACGAGGGAUACUUCACGCAGACUGUCGAGGUCACCAGAUGCCUGCAGUCGCGCUGCCACUACCUGGACGGAGGCUGCCUGAGCUCGCCGCGCUGGGUCUCGCUACUCGUCGCCGAGCUACACUACCCGCCCGCGCAGACUAACAGCCAGGAGUUCGAGCAGUUCGGUCAGUACGCGGGCGCGGGCGCCGACAACAAGGCCACGCACUGCGACGGACACGACGACAUGGGAUGCUACCAGGUCCGCCUGUACUACGACUGGUUCCUGGUCCCCGGCUCGUGCAAGUGUUGGCGCCCGGACUACUUCGCCAGGUACGUGCGCCGCCGACAGAACACCGAGCUCUAGGGGGGGGGGGGACCUAUCCCGCUGUAUAUAUUCAAACAUAAUAUACGCACCGAUAAAUAGACAUCAUCCCUUGAUUCUUCAAAAGUCUGGUAAUACUAACUUCUGUCAGCGACUUCGCUCGCUUUACCAG